AAUUAUAACAAUCACAAAACGGACUCAUUUUGGAUCGAUGACAGAGAUGACAGUGAACAAGUUACCGCACGAGAAAAAUAAAACCGCAUGAAGAGUUGUGUGUAUUACUGUCGGAAAACAGUUUUUUGAUUAAAAUAAAGACUUUCCAUCAUGCAGUCCAGCAGUUCGACAGCAUCGCAUUUCGAUUUUGAAUCAUUCAAUGAGCCUGCUAGCAGCUCUCAGCGAUUCAAACAAUCUUCAAACAAACGAAAGCAGUCAACGAUGUCAAAGGAAACGGGAAGGAAACGACUGAGUCGAUCAUCGCAAGACUCUUUCACUUCUGACGAUGAGUCAAAAUUAUCCAACAAAUUGGCGCAUUCUUCAAAACCGGGGAACAGAGCCGAAAAGAACAGAUCGUCAAAGAAACGACGCAAAGGCAACGAUUUGGCGAAGAAUACAAGUGGUAAGAAUGACAGCGGUGAAUUGGUGUCCGGCGGUUCGGAGAAUAAAAUGCAGGUUGCGGUUUACAAACACUUUCCCACGAACUCGAAGCCAAAUUAUUCGGAUGCUUUGAAUUUGACACCACUAACGGGCAGCAUUGAGGAGGGACAGAAAUUGUUCGGUGUUCUGAUUAAACCGAUUCCGGUGUCAACAUUCAUGGACAAGUAUUGGGAACAGAAGCCAAUCCGAAUCCAGAGACGCUUUUCGGAUUACUAUAAAGACCUGAUCUCAACGGAAAUUAUUGACAAAAUGUUGCGCGAGAACCAUGUCGAGUUUACGAAAAACAUUGACAUUACGCAGUACAAGGACGGAGUUCGAGAGACGCUCAAUCCUGUGGGACGAGCAAUGCCACCAUGCGUUUGGCACUAUUACGGGGAGGGAAAUUCAAUUCGUAUCUUAAAUCCGCAAACCUUUCUGCCUGCCAUUCAUUCACUGAACGCAACACUUCAGGAAUAUUUUCAGUGUAUGAUCGGCGCCAACGUUUAUCUUACUCCGAAGAAUAGUCAAGGUUUUGCGCCUCACUACGAUGACAUCGAAGCGUUCGUAUUGCAAGUCGAAGGCAAGAAACGCUGGCGUUUGUAUAAGCCGAAGAACCGGAGCAGUAUGUUGCCCCGCGAAUCUUCGAAAAAUUUCAAACAAGAGGAAAUCGGUGAACCGUGUCUGGAUGUUGUUUUAGAAGCGGGGGAUUUACUGUACUUUCCCAGAGGAUAUAUCCACCAGGCGCUCACUCUCAAAGACUACCAUUCGUUACAUAUAACUGUCAGUGCUUAUCAGAAGCAAACGUUCGGCGAUUUAUUGGAAACGUUGAUUCCGAUGGCCCUGAAGGAGGCGAUAAACGAAAAUGAAAUUCUGCGUCGCGGCCUGCCACUAAACAUUUGGCAACGGUUGGGCGUUGUUAAUUCCGACAAUUACUUACCGGAGCGCGAGGCUAUCAUCAAAAGUAUUAUGAAAUGUUUCGACAAGGUAUGCAGUUAUGUGCGAACCGACACCAAUCUGGACAAUGCAGUCGAUCAAAUGGCAUUAAGAUAUCAACACGAUGCUCUGCCACCGAAACUAACGCCAGACGAAGAGCUACGUUCUGUGUACAGCUCGAAGGCCAUGGUUACGCCAUCCGGUCAGGUGGAGAGUCCGUACAUUGAGUGCCAUACGAAAAUUCGACUAAUUCGUGCGAAUAUAUUGCGUAUGGUACGACAUGAGGACGAGAUUCGCGUGUAUUACAGUUCGGAAAAUUCCAAAGAAUAUCACGGUUUCGAAGAGAAUUUUCUGGACAUUGAUCCGACUGAUGCGCCGGCCGUCGAAGUGCUGAUCAAAGCUUAUCCAACAUUUAUUACACCCGAUCAACUGCAAUUGGAAGAUGACGAUCACAAUUUGUCAGUUGCACAGGAUUUGUGGGAAAAGGGAAUGCUGAUGACCGAAGCACCACUGCUGUAAGUGAUUGCAAUCAUUAUUACGAGAAGGAUUUUGUUUUAAUAAAAAACAUUUUACGAUAAUUCACAAUAA